CACUCCUCAUCCCUCUGCUCUCUGUGGAAGCACAUUGUUCAACGCGGGCUCAUUUUACCCAGAACCAAUGAAUGCAUUGGUGCAUUUUAGAUACUGAAAAUUAAACACGUUAUCGGGUAGAAUAAGGUGCAGAUAUCUGAAGACGAAGGGAAACGGACCAGGACCAUUUUAUUUUUCUUCUCAUUUCAUUGGAGAGGCCACAGAGUUGAACGAUUUUUUUUCUUCUCCGGUAGACGAAACGUCGCUCUUGUCGCUAAUUAGACCUCUGCUUGUUCUGCGGUGUGUGUGUGGUGAGCAGCAGCGGCAAAGAUGACGGAGUAUAAGCUGGUGGUGGUUGGAGCUGGAGGCGUGGGCAAGAGUGCACUUACCAUCCAACUCAUCCAGAACCACUUUGUGGAUGAAUAUGAUCCCACCAUAGAGGACUCGUACAGGAAACAGGUUGUGAUUGACGGAGAGACCUGCCUGCUGGACAUCCUGGACACUGCAGGUCAGGAGGAGUACAGCGCCAUGAGGGAUCAAUACAUGAGGACAGGGGAGGGCUUUCUCUGCGUCUUCGCCAUCAACAACACCAAGUCUUUUGAGGACAUUCACCAGUACAGAGAACAGAUCAAACGUGUAAAGGACUCGGACGAUGUUCCCAUGGUGCUUGUGGGAAACAAAUGUGACCUCCCGACACGCACGGUAGACACGAGGCAAGCCCAGGAACUCGCCCGCUCCUACGGCAUCCCAUACAUCGAGACCUCUGCUAAAACACGACAGGGAGUAGAGGACGCCUUCUACACGCUGGUUAGGGAGAUCAGACAGCAUAAGCUGAGGAAGCUGAACCCCCCCGAUGAGAGCGGUCAGGACUGUAUGAGCUGUCGCUGUGUGGUAUCGUGAUGCAGCUGACUGUUGCACGUUGAGGAGAAAUGCUACAGCGCGUAGUGGCAGCAUGGACACAAAGAUAGAAAGAUAAAAACAACUCAAUGAUGAAAUAUAAACUUUUUUCAAAAAGAGGAUGAUUGAAGCAAAAGCGCUCAAGGAAACCACCAGAGCUGACUGAACCGUAGACCUUCAUGGAUAAGGAGGAUUUGGACUGUUGCCCAUGUGGCUACCUGAACUAGCACGGUUCCGGCCCCCUUUUCUUGGUCCGCACGUGGACUUGUGAGCAACACCACUAAUGACUCUUUGUCAACUCCAGUGUGGUCCUGCUGGGUAGCUCAACACAUUUCCUGCUAACUUAUUGUUUUCAGUCUCAACACUGGUCUUAAUGGGGGUCUUGCUGACCUCCUCCCACCUUGAAAGCCUAAUCCCCCCCCCCAAUGCCUGCCCACUGGAAGGACUGACUGACUAACAUGGAAAGGACUGGAAUGGACGUUCUGUUGCCCAAACACCUCUCAUAUGAAUAACCCCCCCGUCCCAUUCUACCUGCCUUUUGAUUUCCCCCUUCGAAUGGCUGUGUAGUCUCUUCUAUACUGGAUCCAGUGGGCGGGGGCUGACAUGGGAAUGACUAUAAUUUUGUUGUUGUUUUAACAGUUAGCCUAGCUUUUUGAUAUGGAACAUUUUAUUUGUGAUUUGCAGAAUUUGAAAGUCACAGAGCAAUGUGAGGGUGUUUAUUCCAGAUGGCACCUGGUUUGACUUUUUGUUUUCAUGGCCUGCCUGAUGUAGUUGGAAUGUAAAGAUAAAUGAAUUUCCAGAAUGCAACCACCUUCUCUCUCUGCAGAUGUUUCCUUCGCUACAGUCUUUAUGAAAUAAUAGUAUUGGCUAGUGCACGUAGGUUCUGGUGCAAUAGGAUUCUUUCCUUUCCAAUUCACACAAAGUAUUGGGAAUAAACCACCUCUCAUUGCUUCUUGUUAGCCUUUGGUUUAGAAGGGCAGAGGGGUACUGUGCAUGAAAAUCUAGUUCUUGUCACCUCUCCAGUUGCUACAGCUGAAGAGGUUUCCUGUAGAAAUAAGAGGAAACCCUGCGCUUGUACAGUUAUACAAUUAGGUUAUGGAUGCUUUGCAGAGUGUAACGCACAUGUCCUGCCUCAGUCAAACUUCAGAUUUCCACACACCAUACUAUCCUCAAACUGCUCAUCUUUCUCUGCAACCUCAGCUCUAUAACGGAACAAUAACAGGUCAGGUGCUAAUCAUGUCGGAACCAUAUUUACUGUAUAUGUGGGACUAUUGUGUGUAACAGGUGAUGGAUAUUUGGUUUUGGGAGUGCAUCGCUUUGUUUCUUAAUACUGACCCAGCUUGUGCUCUCCACAACUGCAUUAAUUUGUUGCCUAAAUGAAAAAAAAGACUGCUCUGUGUUUACUUUGCCUUAUCUGUUAGCUAGUUUGUACCUCAUGUAUGCAGCGAGCUCUAGAGGAAUCUAGAUGAUUCUGUGAUCGGUUAGCUGCAUUGUUUUGUUUGUUUGAUGAUGUGUGCAACUGAAGAAAAUAUAUAAGUGAGUUGAGUCAAGACAUGCGCUGUAUAGAAUUCGAAAGGCAAGUCUCUGGAAACACUACACUGUUUUUUUAAAUUUGUUUUAAAAGAGGGCUUUCUGUAAUGAUGUGUGUCUAAAUGUGAUUCUGUUUUAAAAGACUGAAAAACAACAGUUAAAGAGCCCAGUAUAACCCAAGUUGUCUUCUGAAAUUUCAUUCCAAAUACAAUGGAACAUGUGAGGUUGAUUACUAGAAAUGGUUGGUUUAAAACCAGAUUAUUAUUUUUUAAUUCAGAGAAUUGGUAUGAUAACAUAAAGAGAUCCAGACACUACAGGCAGGUUUCUGCAAACCCCAAACACAUUUGAACAUUUAUCACGCACAAAUCAAAGUGCUUAUCUCCUACCUAGUUAAUUUUGUACAUUUUAAAGUGACUCUUUCCAUCAUAUCAUGGCUUAAAAAAAUAUGAUCAGUCUAGUUUCUGUGUGGAUGUUAGUGAUCAAGUUGUUUUAAUCAGUUAAGUGUUCAUUUCUCUGCGUGGAGAAAAUACAUGAACUGUGAAUGUGCUUUAGAUAUUGUUUAAAAGGAGCCUCAUGUUUCAAAUGUACCAUAACAAAAAUAAUGCAGGAGUUGUUCCUCGGUCCCACUUUUGGCUGUGUUCUAACUUUUAUUUUUCAUCCAUUGUACUCAAACCUUUUGAUGGAAAAAACGAGUGUGGCAUUUGUAACCUGUAACAACAGUCCUGGUAGUAUGCUUGUCCUCUCCCUGUCAAUCUUGAAACAGUGCAUCCAUGAUAAUACAUAUAAUUCCACUAAUCUAUGUAUUCAAAUUCCUGUUUCAUUAGAAUAAUGGCGUCAUUUUGCCACAGGAAAACUACAGCCAGCAAACCACAAGUAUACAUGUCAGAAAACCUGGCGAGCAUGACAAAGACUGUACGGACCAUUGGGAGUUUU